GUCAUUACAAUCUUCAAGAAAAACCCAGCAGGAAGAACAGUUCUUGGCAUUAAAUUUAGCCUUGUUUUCACUUUUGACAGUCUGACCUUAGCAUUAGCUCUUUAUUUUUUAAAGAAAUACAAGCCUAAGCACAGAACAUAAUACCUUCAACAGUGAGGGAGGCUGGGUCAUUUUUUCUUUCUUUUUUUGGGUUAAUUUAGUCAUCAGAUACUGAGAAUGGCGUCUCCAUGGACACCAGACCUGCUCCUGGUUUGCGAGCGUUACUCAGCGUUUUUCAGCAGUUUCUGCUGUCACUCCUCCGUGUCUGUAUCUGUGGUUGAGGAGCAGAGGGUGGGAGAAUGGGGAAGGAAGGAGCAGAGAGAGGAAGAGAAACAUGUGCUAUGAAAAUCUUUACACUGGAGCAAUGGGCCCGAGUUCAUCGCCGGAAAGCUUUCUGAUGUUCCUCUGGAUUUCAGGGAUCUGUGGUGGACUGGCCCAGGCUGAGCUCAUGAAAAAAGAUAACUGCACCAACUACGAGCUCGUGUUUGAACGGGUGUUCUCUGUCCCCGGGGACGCGGCCAUGCUGAACAGCACCCUGCUGUCUCCGGACGUCUUUGACUUCACCGCCGUCCCGUUCAACAUCACCUGGUUCAGCGCAAAGACUGGACAGGAGAUGAGAAAUGAGGCGGGCCGGAUUCUGGUGCUCCAGGAGACGCUUUGGUUCCUCAGCACCACGAUGGACGACGAUGGGGAAUACCUCGCCAUAGUGCGAACUCCUUCUCAGUGCUACAUGCAGUCCACUAUACUGGUGAUAACUCUGCCAAAGGACGGAGAGUGUGGAAGGCCACUGAAAGCAUAUACACCUCUCACAAAAGGCACGGCUGAUAAAGUGAACUGCCUUCUGGGGGGUUAUGUUGCGAAACUGGACAGCUACGGCAUCAGCUCCUCUGUCAAGUGGUACAAAGGCUGUGAUCCCGUACUGGAGGACUCAGGCAGCCAAAUCAUCCAGGACAGGAACAAGCUGGCCUUCCACAGCGUGAAAACUGAAGACGACGGCAUUUAUACCUGCACUCUGACCUUUACCCUUGAUGGGGUGACAGUAACCGUGUCGGAGACCACCGAAGCAAAGGUCAAUGAUAACUACUUCCUCGUUCCACAAGUUCAUGAGCCGGAAAAGGAAAUUAUCAAGGAGGCCAUAGGGUCAAAUUUCACAAAGAGGUGUCUGGUGUUUGUGCCCGGUUCUGGGACGCCGUCCGUUAACGUCAUUUGGUUGGUCGAAAAUAAGGUCAUGUUUGAUUCUGAGCCGUCUGAACGCGUCUACACAUCAAAUCUGCGUUCGUGGACCCAAGAUGAACCAAAGGGUGUGUGGUUAGAACGGCUGCUUCUCUUCGCCGAACUGAAGGACGAGGAUUUCUACCUCAACUACACCUGCAGGGUCUUCAGUCCCCGAGGCUAUCCGGACGGAUAUUUUACUUUGUUACCAACUGAUCCGAACAUCAUCCUUCCCAUCGGAUUAGUGUUUGGUGGAGUGACUGUUCUCUUCGUCGUCAGCGUCGCCGUCUACUACGCCUUCAGGAUAGACAUUGUGCUGUGCUUCAGGAGAGCGUUUCCAGUCCUUUACACAAACAAAGAUCUUGAUGGCAAGCUGUAUGAUGCCUAUGUGGCUUACCCCAGUCCUGGUGCCUUUGGGUUCAGUGAAGAGGUGGAGAAGUUCGCCCUGCAGACAUUGCCUGAAGUGUUGGAACAGGCCUGUGGCUACAAACUGUUCAUAGCGGGCCGUGACUGCCUGCCGGGGCAGGCCGUUGUGGACUCUGUGGACGAGAACCUUCAGGCUAGUCGUCGUGUUCUCCUGCUCUACACCGCUUCCACUUUCAUCAAAAAGAGGCACACGAACAGCACCAGCAGUAACAACAACAAUAUUACGAAGGUUGGCGAGGAGGCUGAUCAAAUCCAAAGUGGGACCAGUGAGGGCAAUGGCGGCGUGGGUUUUGGUGGUGACGAUAAGGCGUUUUCGGACACAAGGCAGCAUCUGGAAUGUGUGGCAUCCAUGAACAGAGCGCUGCUGGAGGGCUCCUUAAAGGUCAUUCUGGUGGAACUGGAGGAGAUCACCCCGGCCCAGCUGGCCCUCUUCCCUGAGUCGGUUCGCCACCUGAGGAAGAAACAGGGCGCCGUGUGCUGGUGGAAGGUUCUCCAAACCAGGCAACAAUGGAGGGCAUGGAGAGAGGACGAGGAAAGACGUGGAAAGGACUCACAAGUGUCACCGUCCCUCUCUCCUCGCUCCAGGUUUUGGAAAGAAAUUAGGUAUCAUAUGCCAGUUAGAGGCAAGAGGGCAGUUUAUCCAGAGAAAACUGCCUUGUUGAACAUAUGACCCAAACGGUCAGAGGACAUUUAUGCCACUUCUUGCCAGUUAAGGCUCCAGUGUUGUGCAACAUGUAGUGAAAUCGAAGAAACCUCAAAACCAUCUGAUGUGUACAGCAUGACAGCCAUUCCUGAAAACAAGUGUUGGAAUUAUUUUCUAAGUGUUUAUGUAAAUUUGUGUAAAUACAGUUGUAAAAGUUAUGGAAAUAUUUGUACAUAUUUGGUCUUGUUUUUAAGGUUGUAUAGAGAAAAUGAAAGCUGUGAGUUUUUUUGCGCACGAAAAAUGGAAAUAUAAGCCAUUUGCAAAACAGUGAAAUGAUUCUCCAUCAAACGUUUUUAUACAUAUUUUGGCAUUAAACAUUGUUUUAAAGGUUUUUAAAUAAAAGAGAAGUUUAUCAAAAAGAAACGCAACAAUUAUUCCCUUGUUAACUUGUUUGUGAAUAAAGAUAUGAAAGCGA